ACUCUAUAAUAGAGACCGGACGUCCACACGCCAGAUCAGACAUUCGCGGAUUCUGCUUCAAUUGCUUUGUGAACUCCGUUACCGCGCUAUCGUUCAUUCAUUCACUUGUCAAGGAUAAGUCAGCUGAUUCUGCUCCAAGGACACACUCUCAUCUGAUAUGGCCGGAACCGAUAUGGUUCACAAGAAGUUAUGGUUUUACUCUCUGUGUAUACUUCUAACGACUACAAGUAUAUGCGGAGACAACUCCAAUAAAAAUCAGUCAAAAUCAGUGAAGAGAGGAACCGAUUCAAGCCAAUACUCUGAUACGAACGCGCAAGCAUCUAGCUAUGACUCUCAGACUGAAACACAAGGAAAGAAGGUGGAGGUAGACCUCCAAGACCCGCGACUAGUCAGCUUUCUGCUCAGAACUCUCGGUCUCGACAAGCAACAACAACAACAACAAAGACAGAGACUGAGAAAUGACAACCAACCACAACAGACAAGACAAAGACAAAGACAAGACAACAACGUGGGCUGGGACAGUGAGGACGAUGAUGUUGAUGACGACUCUGACGCGGCCCUAAAGCAGACUCACAGUUCCGCUUCCGCCCAGGGGUACAGUGCAGGAUCAACUUACUCGGGAUACGGCUCGAGCUAUGGUUAUGCUGACGCAGGAUCAGCUGGCUAUGGAUCAGGUCUAGCCGCUUACGGCUCGCCUUCAGCUGCUUAUGCAGCCGGUGGAUCAGCUUACGCCUCGCCAGCAACUGCCUACAGCUCAGGUGCGACUGCUUACGGUUCAGGGGCUGCAGCUUACGGCUCAGGAGCCGCAGCUUACGGUUCAGGAGCCGCAGCUUACGGUUCAGGAGCUGCAGCUUACGGACAGAAUGCUUACGGACAGAAUGAUUACGGACAGAGUGCUUACGGUUCAGCUGGUUAUGCGUCUCCAUCGGCCUAUUACGGCGCAGGUGCUUACGGAUACGGUGAUGGAUCUUCAUCAGGGUCCGAUUAUGGCGGUGGAUACCAGGAUCUCCAUGGACAUCUGAUUUCCCAGCAUGUUGAGGUAUCGCGACCCGUGCCAGUGCCAAUCUACAAAGCAGUGCCUGUGCCAGUCCCCCACCCUGUGGCCGUGCCAGUCCCACAGCCUAUACCAAUCCACGUGCCACAACCCAUCGCAGUGCAGGUGCCAGUCCCCGUGCCAGUCAUCAAGACAGUGGCCUACCCAGUCGAGAAGCCAGUGCCCUACCCGGUCGAGAAGCCAGUCAAAGUCACGGUCGAGAAGAAGGUGCCCUACCCGGUGUCCAAGCCCUAUGCUGUCCAUGUGCCCGUCUACAAGGUCAAACACAUCUACCACGACACCAAACACCAUUAUCCGUCAUCUUACUACGCUUAGAUGAUCAAGAGCAAGGACCAACCAAAAAAUUUGCAGACUGAAUCAAAUUGAUUACUGCGAUUAUCAUCCUGGAAUAUCGACAAAAUUUGUUACUAUCAUCUCAUUAUCAAAAUCAUAUUCUCCAUCUUCAUCAUAUUAACUUCAUCUCCACCAUUAUUUUCAUCGUCAUUUCAAUCAUUAUUAUCAUCAUCAUCAACAUCAUUCCCACCUUCAUUAUCAUUCUCAUUUCCAUCAUUAUCAUCAACUGUCAUCCUAAUAUUUGUUAAAAAUCAUUGUUAAUGCUAAUUGUAUUAUUUAUACUAUUUGUAAUAUUAUUUGUUGUUACUAAAUUUUAUUGUUGAAUCGAUUGUUCCAUUAAGGAUUUGUUGAUAUUUAUUGUACGGCUCUUUUUGAGCUGGAUUUGUUAACUAUAGCUUUAAAAAUUACAAGCUAAUAAAAAAUUAUAAUUAUA